AUGGUUUCUCUGUAUCUCUAUUUUAGUUUCUAUCGCGGUUCUCUUCGCGCCGCCGUCGCUCUCGUCGCUCGCUCAACUUGCUCUAACUUUCGUGCUCCGGUGACGAUGGAAGAAACUGAUUCAAAGAUGUGGCCUCAGUUAAUAUCUAAAGCUUUGGCAGAUACAUUAGCUAAACUUCAUGAGUUGAGUGAAGCACUUGCAGCAUGGACUGAAGUAUAUAAGGCAAAAGCUGAGAGAUAUAAAGGUGAGGGAAGCAAGGAGGCCACUUCUUCUUCGUCGUCCGAUUAUUCUCUUGCUAAGUGUGUGAUUAUUCUUGACAAGAUGGGGCACGUUGGAUUAAAAACUGAUUUUGUGGCAGCCUUGAAAGCUUUGAAGAGCGACCCUGAAUGGAGAGAAAUUUUUCUGACCUUGAGUUAUGAGAACAGAUGCAUAUGGCUAUGUAAUGUCAAACAUUACCUUUAAGGAGUCUUUAUUUUGUUGUUGAACUUUAUGAUUAUGUCAUCAAACUUAUGAGUUUGUGUCGGUGAUGAGGUUUUAUGAGCCUUCAGUUGUUAUUGAACUUUAUGGUUAUGUCAUUAAACGUACGAGUUUGUGCUUUUAUUCUACUGUGGGACGACUUUGUUCAUAAACAAUGUUAUGUCUGGAUUAAUGAAAAUUUGGAUUUAGAUCAAG